AUUGCCCUUCAGAAAUUUAAACUGUGUUGAGAAAAAAUGGUUACUUAAGGCUGAAAAAAUUUCUUCUGCUAACAUGCGGCAAAACAGGCCUUACAAAUAACAAAGGAGGUUUCAAGUAUUAUCAGUUGGACUGUGCGGAUGGGUCAAAAACCCUUAAAGAACCCUUAUAGAACCUUUAGUGUUCUGGCACCUCGAGUUCUGUUAGGAGUCUGUCGCCUUCCUACCAUCCCUUGCCCACACCCUGCCCUGACCUCUGUGCGGCAACAUGUGGGCAGAGCGUCAGAAGGGCUAUAUUUGGCGUGUCAUUGGCAUUCUGCUCACAGGCUGAGCGCUCCCAUGGGCCCUCGUUAAGGCAGAGAUGGUGAGCAGCGUGGCCCCCUCCCCCACUCCCGGCAGACGGCAGGAAUGCUGCACAGGUAACUCAAUGCUGCACAGGUAACUCAAUGCCUCUGUGUGGCCUUUUGUUACCUGUUCGACCCUUUUGCUGCGUGUGGGGCUUAGUCUCUCCUCUCUCUCGUCCUCUCUCUCUCUCGCCAUCUUUCUCUUCCUUUCUUUUUCUCUGUGACUCUUCCCUCCGUCACCCACCCCUUCUCAUUCAUAUACCUAUUUACAGCCACUGUCCCUCUCUUAUUCCCUCCCUCUCCUUAGUGCUCCCUCCCCCUAUGCCUCCUCCUCUUGCUGUCUCUCUUGCUCUCUCUCUCUCUCUCUCUCUCUUUCUCUCUCUUUCUCUCCCUCCCCUAAGCUCCCAUGCCCCUCUCCCUCUUCUCUCACUGUCACACUGGCCGCAGUGAUGUGCAUGCCGCUCAGAGUCCUCUUCUCCCUCUCCUCUCCUCCUCCUCCUCCUCCUCCUCCUCUCGGGAGCAUCUGCUGGGCUGUGGCGGUGCUGGCUGGGGCUCCAGCGCGGGGAAGAAGGGCACUGGGCACGCCGAUGGGGAGACGCCACUGGCACUGAGGGGACAUACUCAAAGGUCAUGAUCCACCGGCCCAAUGUGACGGUGCUGACCCACCAAAGGGAAGGCCAGAACCAGGGAGAGUGGCAGAGGUCUGAGUGCGUCCUGGGCUACAUCCCUGUCGUCUACUACAGCGCCCUCUUGUGUGUGGGAGUACCAGUGAACAUCCUGACGCUGGUGGCGCUGUCCCGCCUGGCAUCGCGCACCAAGAAGGCCCUCUACGUGUACCUCCUGGCCCUGACCAGCUCCGACAUCCUCUCCCAGCUCUUCAUCAUCUUCGUGGGCUUCCUGCUGGAGACGGCCGUGUUCCACCGCGACAUGCCCGCGAUGCUGCUGCACUCCGUCAGCGUGCUGGAGUUCGCCUCCAACCACGCGUCCAUCUGGGCCACCGUGCCGCUGACCGUGGACCGCUACGUGGCGCUGUGCCACCCGCUGCUCCACCGGCAGAUCAGUUACCCGGCGCGGGCCCGGCGCAUCAUCGCCGCGGUGUUCGUGUUGGCGCUGGCGUCCGGCGUUCCUUUCUACUGGUGGUCGGACCUGUGGCGGGCGAGCCACCCACCCACCGUGCUGGACCGCGCUCUCAUCUGGACACACGUGACCAUUAUCUACUUCCUGCCCUGCAGCAUCUUCCUGGUGCUCAACUCGCUUAUUAUCCAUCGGCUCCGGCGGCGUCGCCGAUGCCAGGAGGAGUGCGGGCAUUCAUCGUCGACGGCAGUGGCGGCACCUCCACACCACCACCGCCUCCUGGGCAAGACCACAGCCAUGCUGCUGGCUGUCACGUCGGUCUUCUCAGUGCUGUGGGCGCCGCGGACCGCGGUGAUCAUCUACCACCUGUACGUGGCGUCGGUGCACCUCGACUGGCGCGUGCACCUUGCUUACGACCUGGCCAACAUGCUGGCCAUGCUAAACACGGCUGUCAACUUCUUCCUCUACUGCUUCGUCAGCAAGCCCUUCCGGGCCGCCGUCAGGGACGUGCUGCUGCUCCGGGGCGGGCCCAUGGCCGCCCGCAACGCCCUCCGGCACCAGCAGGUGGCCGUCCACGCCUCCAACUCAUCUCUGUCCGACGGCACCAAGCGUUCCCAGCGCGACAAAGCCCCCCACACGCUGCGAGUGGAUGCCCAGGUCAUGUGACUCAUAGGGGACCAAUCCAAAUUUAGAGGAAAAGAAAAACAGCCACAGCACUUACAGUCCUCUGCCACUAGCCAGUUGACAACUUUUUUGGACAGGUUAUCACAGAACACUUAACUUUAAACCCUCUGUUAUAAGAGUGACAUAUCAUGACAGCUGGACUCCCUUGAGUCAUCAUGACAGUCAAUUUCCAAUGUCAUGAUAACAUUAUCUGUAAUUAGAGCGUUUUGAAUUUUGAAAGCCAUUUCAGCCUGUCACAUGUGUCUAGGCUUUCAUGGCAGCAAACAUUUUGAGAUCUGUCAUGAUAAUUACUGUUAAUGAUUGCAUUGUUACGUCACUGCGCACUGUAUUUACAAUGAUAUGCUUAUGACAUGGGUAUGCAGGUCUUAUAACAGAAGACAGAGCGACGUGCUACCAACAGGAGUUAUAAUUAUUUUUAUUUGGUAUGUUACCAAGGUGACGAUUCAUAUCCAUGUUAUUUAUUAUGCUGUCCUCCGAGGGGAUAUGAUAAGAUGAUACAGUAUUUAUUUUUUCACCACAGAAACGUGGUGUUUGGUGUAAAUAAUUCUAGCUUUUUUUGUGUUCGUGAAUGGUGUUUAUUCAAGACUGAUCAUGUUAACCAUAUUUUUGUAUCUAAUACCUAGAUGUGGCAACAGCGCACACUGGUAGGCAAGUCUGGCAUUGUUCUUAUUUCAUUGUCAUUGCCAACUACUUCCAUGGACCAUGUCACGUCACACCAUCACAUGCUCACGGGCAGACCUUCAGCUACUGUCACACUCCUAGCUAGGAGUCUAUGUUGUCAAGCACAGUCUUUUAAUGCAAGCCAAUAUGGCCGUCAUUUUCCAAUCAUUAAAAUACACACUGUCAGGGCC